AUGUAUUCUCAUAACAUUCUCUCUAAUAGAGGGUUUGCUUCCACCAAGAACACUUUCUCCCGAAACUAUUCCAUUAUCCCAUCCAAUAACACUAUAACACAUCAUGCCCAAAUCGCAUGGAAAAGGCUUUCCAAGAAUUCAUAUCAAGAUUCACAAAUUUCCUCCAUAAACAAAAUCGCUCAAGCAUUUACCUUGGCAUUAACCUGUUCAUACAUUGUUCUUCCUGGAAUAUUCGCCUUAAAUAUUGAUAAAGGUCUUCGAAGUAUUGCACAGAUCCAUAGAGCAUUUGGGCGUAAAAUUUCUGAAAUUUUUGAUGAUUUUGAGGAAAUCCCAGUUGCAUCAGGAAGUAUUGCACAGAUCCAUAGAGCUUCUUUAAAGUAUAAAUACCAGAAGAAACGUAUCAAGCCUUUGUUAGUUGCAGUUAAAGUAAGACAUAUAGGGGUUGGUGAAUCAAUUAGAAGAGAUUUUGAUAUUAUAAAUGUGGUUGCAAAGAUGUCAAAGUUUAUUCCAACUCUUAAUUGGUUGAGAUUGGAUGAAAGUGUUCAACAGUUUGUUGUUUUUAUGAUGCCACAAGUUGAUCUUGCAAGGGAAGCUGCUCAUCUGAGUAGAUUUAUAUAUAAUUUUAGGAGUUGGAAAGAUGUUUCUUUUCCAAAACCUGUGUAUCCACUUGUUCAUCAUGCUGUUUUGGUGGAAACUUUUGAACAUGGAGAACGUGUGUCUCGUUAUGUUGAUGAUCUUGAAGGACAUGUUAGGCUUAAGAGUUCUCUUGCUCAUAGUGGGACUCAUGCAGUUUUGAAAAUGCUUCUGGUUGAUAACUUCAUUCAUGCUGACAUGCAUCCUGGAAACAUCCUUGUACGAAGCAAAUCAUCAAGAAAAGGGAUAUUCAAAUCAAAGCCUCAUGUCAUAUUCCUUGAUGUAGGUAUGACUGCUGAGCUGUCAAAGAGUGAUCAAGUCAAUUUAUUGGAAUUUUUUAAAGCUCUUGCUUGUAGAGAUGGACGCAUUGCAGCCGAAUGCACAUUGAAGCUUUCAAUACAACAAAACUUUCCUGAUCCACAGGCCUUCAUCAAGGUAAAAAAAAUUCACAUGUAA